ACAACCUCUUCUAACUUCUUCUUAGUGUCUGGCAAGAUUGUUCCUCUUACCAUCAUUAAGGGCGCUGGUCAUGAGCAUAUCCCUAUCCCUGAGGGCGACUGUGCCAUUGUCGCCGACUUUCAUUCAAUCAAGUCACAAAGAGCCGACUCUACUCCUUAUUUGACCACUGGGUUCUACAGGGUUGUUCCUGGUCCUACACGAUAUGGAUCAUAUGAUUAUGAGGAGACUAAAUAUGUCCUACGAGGCCAAAUUGAUGUUACCGAUGAAGCCACCGGUAUUACCCACCAUCUCGUUGCCGGAGAUUGGGCCUUCUUUCACGUCGGAUCAAAAGCCCAGUUCUCAACCAAAUCUGAGGGUGUCGCUUUCUAUGCUGUCACUCGGCCAAUGAAUGACGGUCACCCUAACCUUAAAGGCCGUGAGGAAAGCACCCCAAAGCUGUAA